CUCCUGCCUGCCUGCCAUGCCACAGCCAUACAUCUCACCCUGCUGGGCGGUGGCUCCUGAGGAGGUGUUGGGACAAGUGCACGGCCAUGACAGUGACACCUCACCACCUCCGGGGCAGUGCCCCGACUGAGGCGCUGUGAGCCUGCCUGGGCUCUCCUGCUGCCCUGGGGGGCAGCCAUUUUGCAGCAGUGACAAACCACGCACUGGCAUUAAUUGACCCCUCUGGGAGUUCCUGUACAAUGAUGUCAGAGCACUGAUGGGUCUCAGUGGGCCUGAGCAGCUUCAUCUGGGGACUUCACCCACCACUGUGCCCACAGGCCAGGGCUCCUUUGUGGGCACCCAGGCAGCCCCAGCAGGGCUGUGCCCGACUGUGCCAAGCGGAGCUGCCGUCAGGCCCUGGGUGACCGCACCCUGUGGGGCAGCAGGUGAGCCCCGGCCAGCCUGUGCUGAGGUGCUGUGGCACUGGAGAGCAGGGUGCGGGAAACUCCAUCCCGAGCAGCACAGAUCUCCCAGGUAUAUGCCCAAAGAUAACUUGAGGAAAAUGGAAACAGAUGAGGCUCAAGAUAUGUCCCAGGUUUCAGGAAAGGAAAGUCCUCCAAUUAGUGAUGUCCCAGAUGAUCCAGAUGAACCUAUGCCUGUGCCAGAGGACCUUUCAACUAGUACUGGAGGACAACAGAGUUCUAAGAGUGACAGAAUCUUGGCUGCCUAUUUCUCUGUCCUUCGAAAGCCACCCUCUACGUCCAGUUUUCCAGGAGCUGCAUACGGGGCGGAAGGCUUUAGGGACUUUCAUGCAAUAAUUCCCAAAUCUUUUUCCACUGGUAAUAUUAAAAUAGAGACUCAUAGUGAUGAAGAGAAUGGGCGUGCCUGUGAAAUGAAUGGGGAAGAAUGUGCAGAGGAUUUACGAAUGCUUGAUGCUACAGGAGAGAAAAUGAAUGGCUCACACAAUGGCCCAGGCAGCAAGGCUAUGUCAGGAGUUGGAGGCAUUCGACUUCCUAACGGAAAGCUAAAAUGUGAUAUCUGUGGGAUAAUUUGCAUCGGUCCCAAUGUGCUCAUGGUUCACAAACGAAGCCACACCGGAGAACGCCCUUUCCAGUGCAAUCAGUGCGGAGCCUCCUUUACACAGAAGGGCAACCUUCUGCGCCACAUAAAGUUGCACUCAGGUGAAAAGCCCUUCAAGUGUCACCUGUGUAACUACGCUUGCCGUCGCAGGGAUGCCCUCACGGGACACCUGAGGACUCACUCAGUUGGCAAACCCCAUAAGUGUGGAUACUGUGGUCGCAGUUAUAAGCAGCGCAGCUCUUUGGAAGAACAUAAAGAACGCUGCCAUAACUACCUGCAAACGAUGAAUCUCUCGAGCAGCAUUUAUCCAGUCAUAAAAGAGGAAACUAACCAGAGUGAAAUGGCUGAAGACCUGUGCAAGAUAGGGUCAGAAAGAGCCCUCGUGCUGGAUAGACUAGCAAGUAACGUCGCCAAACGUAAGAGCUCUAUGCCUCAGAAAUUUGUUGGUGAAAAGUGUUUGCCUGACCUUCCAUACGAUGCCACCACCAACUAUGAGAAAGAGAACGAGAUUAUGCAGACGCACGUUAUCGACCAGGCCAUCAAUAAUGCCAUCAGUUACCUGGGGGCAGAGUCCUUGCGUCCCCUUGUCCAGACACCACCAGGGGGUUCUGAGGUGGUGCCUGUCAUCAGCCCCAUGUAUCAGCUCCACAAACCUCUUGGGGACAGUCAGGUUCGCUCCAACCUUCCUCAGGACAGUGCAGUGGAAAACUUGUUGUUGCUUUCCAAAGCCAAAUCUGUCUCCUCCGAACGAGACGCCUCUCCCAGCAACAGCUGCCAAGACUCAACAGAUACAGAGAGCAAUAAUGAGGAGCGCAGUGGUUUGAUCUACCUGACAAACCAUAUAGGUCCCCAUGCAAGAAAUGGCAUCUCUAUAAAAGAAGAAAACAGGCAAUAUGAUGUCUUGAGAGCAGGUACUGACAAUUCCCAGGAUGGUUUCAAAGUGAUCAGCAGCAAUGGGGAGCAAGUGAAAGUUUACAAGUGUGAACACUGUCGAGUCCUUUUCUUGGAUCAUGUGAUGUAUACAAUCCAUAUGGGUUGCCACGGGUUCCGCGAUCCUUUUGAGUGCAACAUGUGUGGCUACCAUAGCCAGGACAGGUACGAAUUCUCUUCCCACAUAACUCGAGGGGAGCACCGUUUCCACAUGAGUUAGAACUCCUCUGGCACAGAUCUAGCCUCAACAGCUGUGUUACUGGAGCUGCAUGAGCCAUGACAGCAACAAAGCACAAGUCAGCUGGACAGUAAAAGUAACAAGAGAAUCAGAAGUUCAGCAGUUUUUUCUCACAAGAAAAGAGAUUUCGUUUUGGUAGCAUGCAUUGCAACUCAGUUUUCUAAAAUGAGUUUUUACUGAAAAUGUUUGAUCACCAAAAACCUUUAGUAAUGUAAGUAGGAGCUUUUGUAGUCACAUAGCUGAAAGCCUUUCCCUUAACUGAUGCUUCUUGCAAACCUCCCCUGCCAGAACUGUUAACCACGCCAAGGAUGCACCACACGACGGGGACACAACAGGCAGGAGUGGCCAAGCUUUCUCUCUUAACACCCUGAGCGCUGGGCUCUUCUACCAGAUGUAUGUUUUUUGACUUCCUGGUAUUAUUUGACUCUUUCAGGAAGAUUGAACUCAAGUAAAGAAGGAGGGGCCCAUCUCAGAUGAUUCCACGGACAGCUGGGGUGGGAUGGGAGCCCCAGCCAGAAGGUUCUGAGUUACUUUGGUGGUAAAAAGUAGAACGUUUUCACCUGCAAGGGUGCUACUGGUAUUGACAUCACAACAUGCUUUUUGUGUCACUAGGCAGGUGGGCAGGAAUGUGAAAGAAAGAAGAAACACCCUUGUAAUAUACUCCGUGAAGUAUAAAUUGCAUUUAAUGUAUAGAAAAAGGGUAUUGCUGGCUCUUCUUUGAAUAAAUAUUUUCCCUUUUUAUCCAAUAAAACCCCACUUUUUGUUAAGCAACCCCUCCUCUCUCUGCAUAAACAAGUUACAAUGUAUUUAAUUUUUCUUUCUUUUUAAAGUUUCAGUUAUUUAGAAAAGUAUGAUGUACAGUUGAAAGAAGCACUAGAUAGAUAUAUGUGUGGGGAAAGUCUCCUUAUGCACAUUUUUCAUCUUUUUAAACUGUCUGGAAAAUACCCAAAUAUCCCUCUCUUACAUAUAAAAAAAUCCCAUUUUGCUUGCACAGAAGAUGUCCUCUUGUAGAUUUUGUGGCUUUACUCAUAAGUGUUGAACUUAAUUAUUUUUAAAGCACUCAGAUGAAUUAAACCAGCCAGUCAAAAUUUGCAACCGCCUUCUUUUUUCCUGGCAUUUGCCAUUUCAUGAGGGACCAAGCCCCACAAAGGUGCUGAGAACCUUGACUUCCUAUUCACUUAGUCAUUUCACUACUUGCUUUGAGUUACUUUUACUUCAUGGAACUAAUCUUAAGGUUAAAAAUAUGGUGGGUUUUGCAGAAGGGAGACCAGAGACUGCAGCACUUUGCAGAGUGCAGCAAGGUCCACCAAAAGCUUUCUCCAUGGUGGGUUCUGCUGCAGAUACUGUUACCUUCAGUUAUAAUCAAAAUUUCUAUGACAAAUAGAUUUUAACCCCAAACACAGCUGAUAUUUAAAAAUUACUUUUUUUUUUUUAAAGCUGCUACUUUUCUUCCUCUUCCAAAUAUUUCUUUUCUUUCCCUGAACACCCUCGUAACUUAAGACUGGGCAAAAAAGAAAUUUUUGCAGCUGCAUAAAAAUCUAUCAUCAGUGCUACAAUACUUCCUGGGCAACAUCCAUAAAAAUAGCCCAUCUUAGUAACUUAAUGUAUAAAUACUUCCACUCUGAUAAUAGCUGGAUAUUUUGCAAUAAACACAAAUCAAAUAACCUACAAGACUAGCAGUUUUGUCAUACAUUUGCACAUUUUCCAUGCAUAAGUGCAUGCAAGUACAUCUGUUUAUUAUAAAAAAGAUUUGAUGGGACCAUGAAGUGCUUGCAUCUAGGCCAGAGUGGCCUGAUACUUGUAGCUAUAUUUGAUGCACAUUUCCUAUAUACACAUACUAUUACAGGCACACAGAGUUCCCUCUUCUGCUUUCACUUUUGCAGGUGUAAGUCAGGAACAACAACACUGAAGCUAGAGGAAAGAUACUGAUGAAAUAACGAAUUACAAAUAUAUGCUUCUAUAUGCUAUAUAAGGCAUGCUGCUAUACACGCCUUAGCUUUUCAUGCCAGCUCAUGCCAGCUAGCUUCACCUGACAUGUGGGCACAGCAGUGUUCUUACAAUGAAUGUGUCACUGACAGUUCAGCAGCUUUGUCACCAGAUGUGAAUGCUGUGUCUGAAUGUCCCCAGACCUGGUGCAUGUACCCACAGCAGUGAGAACACAUCACUAGCACGCUAGGUGGGUUCAUACAUACAGGAUGGCCAACAAUCUCCCAAAAAUGAGUGAUAUAAACUACAGACCGAAAGGUGAUCCCCUCCAUUCCUACACUAUACCUCAGUUGCCUUAAGAGACUUUAUUGAUCCCCCUCCACUCCCACAUUAUAACUCAGCUGAGACUUUAUUCUUGUUGCCUUCCAGCCCAAGAUGCUGUGAAGGGGGUGGGCACAAGGAAUUGCUGGUCCCUUUCAUGCCCUAGAUACGGUUUUGUCAUCAAUGCCUGCUACACAUUCAGCUUCAAGACAGACUGUACCUGGCAAAGAGGUAUUAUCAAAUAUUUUGUAUAGAAAUAACCUGAAGAGAACCUUUAAGGGGGGGGGCCUUACUCAAUGAGUUUUCAUUAAUAAUUUUUUCUAUUUAAAUACAGUUGAAACAGAUUCAUUUUUCAUAACUGGUAGGGAUAUAUUCAGCUGUUCUUACCCCUCUCCAAGUUUGAUCAAUACCAACCAAGAGGGGACAAAGUAAUUUCCCACCCCUGCUGCAACGCCCUGUGUGAGAUCAGACAUUGGCUGUACAGAAACAUUCUGCUUUUAUUGCUCUUACACCUCUUUCCUGCUCUUCUAAGAUUUAGGUCACUAUAUAUACACCCCAUGCCAUAAUUUUUUUGACCCUUUAUUUUAAGAGACACCAGGCUAUAAAGGGAAGGGGGACAGAAGCCUACUCAGGUGGUUUUGUUUCUUUGCUUUUACCCAAAUCUAACACAAGUAAUGCCACGUUCAUGAACCGUGUAAACAAGCACAGCUCCAGUGGAGUUUAAGACUGCCUCAAACAUGGCUUUGAAAUGUGAUUUCUAAUUACUGGGUAGGUUUGCUGCCUUCACAACAUCUCUGUGCACACAUGCACGUGUCCGAGUCUCUGUGUCACUUCUCUUGCUGACAUGCACGUGCCCUGUCUGUGGCUUUGUGUAUCAUUAAUAUUUUAUAUACAUAUGUAUUUGUAUAUAGAUCUAAAAUGGUUUAUAUGACAUGAUGAUGCACUGUCAGUCACAGUGGGUUUGUUUCCUGGCUCUGGAGUUUUCUUAUUUAUACUAUAAGAGAAUAUGUUGAUGUUGUAUAUUAAACAGUACAGUAGUAUAAAUAAGUAUAUUAAGGCACAGUGUAUGAGAGGGCAUAGUCUAAGGGUAGGAGCAAAUGGCAUUCUCUGUUCACAAAAGGGCUUUCUUAGGUUUGUUUUUUCCAGUGUUUUUUUCUCUUUUGCACAAAAUCAUCUUCAGUUGGUUUUGAAACAAGUGGUUCAAUCAUUUUAUUUAUGAACAUAUGAAAGGAUGCCAUGAAAAUAGGAUGUUGUGUCUGUGUACAUCGAAACAAACUGCGCCCUCGGAAAACUAGUUUAGUGUAACCUCCCUUUUUCUCUUUUUUUGCUAUGGUGCAAUACCCUGAUAUAGCUUAGCUGAAAUUUAAAAGGAGUAAAUGUGUGAGUGGCUUUAAGUUUAUGUAUGUUUUUAAAAAGUAAAAAAUGACUGCUUCCCAAUCCUUCCCCGUGCACUGCCUUUUCUAAUAGAAAAGUUGUAUUUACACCUUUUUUUUUUGCUGUGGUUUUAUAUUGUAACUUCAUUUUUCUUUGAGAAUAUUGUAUUUAAAAAAAAAAAAACGAAUUUCAUAAAAAUUGAAAAUGUUAUUAAA